AUGCUAUUAGAAUGUAUUGAGCUAAAUAACUAUGAGAAAAUUAGCUAAACAGGAAUCUAUAAAGAUCUCAAAUUGGACAUUAACUUUGAAUUCACUCCUGCAAAGUAUGGUUUCUCAUAAGUUAUGCUUUAAUUAGCAAGCAAAGGCAUUGAUAUUUUUAAUACAUCGGCAAAUGGAUUAAAUGCAUUACAUCUUGCUGCUGCUUAAAACUUUCCUGAUGUAAUUAUGACACUUAUUUCUUUUGAUUUCCCCAUAAAUGAAACUACAAACUAAGGAUUGACUGCUUUAGCUAUUGCUACUUUUAAGUAGCACCAUUAAUCUUUGUAACUAAAAGAUAAUAUAGCUGCCAAAAUACUAAUUGAUAAUAAAGCAGUAUUAUUCUACGAAGAUAUUGAAAAAAGGAAAGCUUCUCCAAUUUUAUUGGCAGUGAAGAAUUAACUUUUAAAUAUUUUAGAGAUGAUUAACUCUAGAGCACCAGGUUUGAUAUUCUAGAGCAUAUUCCCGAAUAAUUAAAAUCCUUUAUAGUAUGCAGCCUUAAAUUCUUUAGAUGAGAUAGUUUCGUAUCUAUCUGUAAUAUCAUCUAGAAUCUAAUUAGAUGAAGAAGAUGAAAAUGGAAUGAAUGCUUUCUUAUAUUAUUUAUCAAGAGACAAUUAUGAAAUGUGCAACAAAUUAAUAUUCAGAGGAGCAGAUGUCAAUCAUGUCUACAUAAGAAAUGGAGGAAAAACUCCAAUCAUCAUGAUGGUUUAACUUAAAAAUGAUGUUGCAAUAAAGUUCUUGCUAGAUAAAAAUGCCAAUCCUCACAUUUGUUUUGGAGCCGAUAAACUUGAUGCUUGUGAUCUAGCUAAGCAAAAUGGAUUAGAAAAAAGAUUCUACAUUUUCUAGAAAUGUGAUGGUUAAACAAAAAUCUUGAAUGAUAAAAUUUAUGAGGACAAAGGAGAAUUUCAACCACCUGCUGAGAUAUUUAGCAAGAAUUAGUAAAUUAUUGAUAAAUAAACCAAACAGACGCAGCCUAAUGAAAGCAGAGAAAAAGCAUUAAAUUAAGGAAGACCCGUAGAGAAAGUAUAAACAUAAGAUGAAAUACUCUCCCAGCUUUUAUAAAAGAAUCAAGAAAUGAAUGACGAUAUACAACCCUUGCAAUCUGAAAUAAAUUUAGCAUCAUAUGAAAACAGUGGACCUAGUAUACCGAGAUUUAAUUACCCAUCUGAUAUGAGUAGAGAGCAAGUUUUAGCAUUUGAAGCAGAUAGACUUAAACGGCAGGUAGAAUUUAUAGAAUUAGAGAAGAAAAGAGAGUUAUAGCUUAAGUAAAAUAAAGAAUAGCUCAAAGUAUAGUAAAGGAUAAUGCUAGAAGAAUUGCAAAGACUAGAUGAAAGAAUGAUUCAAAGUCAUGAUAACUAUGCGGAAGUAGAAAAUCGAGAAAUGUACUUAUUUGAAGAAAAGAUUAAGAAUUAUAAGCUAAAGAGAGAAUAAGAUAAAAAUGACUUGAUUUUACUUUAAUAGUAGAUUUAGAAGAAAUAACUGGAAAGAGAAGAAAUUAGCAAGCAAGAAAGACUUAUAAAGCUCGAGGAGGAGUAAGCCUUUUAAGUAUUGACUGAGAAGGUAGAGUAAAAGAGAUAGGAGAUAUUAGGAUUCUAAGAAGUUUUAUAGAGAAACGUUGUAUUAUAAAAUAAAAAAGAAGUUGAAAUUGAAGAUUAAAGAAAGGAAGUGUUCAUGAAAUAUCUUUAAAUGAGAAAGAAAAUAGAUUAUGAGUAAGUUUAACAAGAGGCGAAUCAUCUUAGAAAAGAAGUUGAAAACGAUUUUUUGGAGAGAGAAAUUCAAGACAGAAUCAGAAGAGCUAAGUUACAAUUGGAAUUAUAAGUUGAUCAAGUCGAUACAAAUGCACUGAAAUUAGAUAAUGAUAUAUAAAUAGCCAAGGUAAAAAGAGCAGCACCUGAAACGUUGAAUAAAAUAUAAGAAAAUUUAACUAUUAGUGAUUGGUCCCAGGAAGAAGGAUUAUGGGAAACAUAUAAAGAAAAAAUGAGAUAAUAGGAGUUAGCUUAACAAUAAUAAAUGAACUAAAAAAUGCCUGAUUUUAGUAGAAUUGAACGAUAUUUAAGUGAGCACUAAUUUGAUCUUGAUGUUAAUUUUGGAAAAUUAAAUCAGAAGGAGCAUAAUAAAACAGGUUAAUCAUUUGGAAAGAAAUCUAACACGAACACUAAAUCAGAAUAUAAACCCACAAAAUAAAUUACUAUAUAUGAAGAAAUGAGAUUAGCAGAAGAAAUGAUAAGCUAAUUAUCAUCUAAGAUAAAAAGCUUUGGUUCUAAGAAACCAUAGUCAUCAAAUAGAUUGAGACAAACAACUGAUAAUACAAAACUAAUGUCAAAGGCCUUCAAUAGAAACUAAACUCAGGGAGGGAAAUAGCCAAGAAGAUAGAAUUCUUAAUCAACUUUGAUAUCAAUGAAUUAAAAUAAUAGAAGAUUCUAAACAGAUGCUAAGACAGUCCCUACUUCUCCAAAUAGAAGUCCAAUGAGUAGCCAUUUGAAUAGAUCAGAAAUAAAUAGUUUCAUUCGGAAUCAUAAAUAAAUUGAAUCAGAAAAGUAAUAUGAGAGGUAGAGAUCUAAUUUAAGAUCUCAAAAGACGAGUCCUUCAAGACCUGUAUUCAGAUGA